GCGAGCACGUAACCGAACAAUUAGGGAUUCGAUUGAAUAUCAAAUCUGUUUAUAUGCAUUGAUUUCAGAUUUUGAAUUCAUUAGUAUAUAUGAAUGAAUGGUUUGCAUCAGUUUUAUGUCUUGUUUAUGAUAUAUGCUUUAGAAUUUGAUAAGUGUAAUGUUCUUUCUUAAAAUGUAUUUGGUGAAGGGAGGACUACCCCUGGGGGAGAGACUCUUAAGGACUGUAAACCUUUAGAGAGUAUUAUGGUAAAGAAACAAGACACUGAUGGACGACUUAAUCUGCUAUCUGCUGUGCUCCUGCGUUGGCGCUUGUUACUUGGGGUCUACUAGAGGGUAAAAAAGUAUGUAUGCAAUGAUCAGUAUCCAAUAACUUUUCUUUGUUAUCCGGUUUUUGUAGAGAAGCUAGGAGCGACGUGUGGAACAGCUGUUGAGUCAAGAGUGGAAGUAGAUGGGGGGAUAGUGACGAGUAGAGGACCUGGAACCACCAUGGAGUUCUCUGUCACGCUUGUGGAGCAGCUAUUUGGGAAAGAGAAAGCUGCUGAGGUCUCUGCACCCUUGGUGAUGCGGCCGAACCCCGGUGAUUAGUACACCAUUACCGAGCUUAACCAAAUGAGCUGGUCGUUUGACUGCACCCCACAGGAUGGCUCGGAGGAAAUGGAAGCUGUUGCUAUUAUUGAAAUCCUGAGGCGGGCAAAAGCAAAUGUUGUAGUUGCUGUGCUUGGUAACAACUUGGAAGUGGUAGCAUCUCGUAAAGUCAAGCUUAUUGCAGAUGUGCUUCUUGACGAGGCUGAAAAGAAUUCAUACGAUCUGAUUGUGUUUCCUGGUGGUCUCGGUGGUGCUGAAGGAUUUGCAAGUUCAGAGUGUAAGCCCAACAUCAUCCACUAAGCUCAAUCCAGAUGGAACGGUGAAGAAGCGUAGAGUGAGAUUGGUUGCAAAGGGUUAUAACCAGGAAGAAGGACUAGAUUAUUUGGAAACUUUUAGUCCGGUUGUCAGAACUGCCACCAUCAGAUUGCUGCUGAAUAUAGUUCUUGCAAGAGGCUGGUCUGUUAAGCAAUUUGAUGUCUCCAGUGCAUUCUUACAUGGGGACUUGGUGGAACCUGUAUACAUGUAUCAGCCUGACGGUUUUGUUGAUGAAACACGACCAACUCAUGUUUGCAAACUGACGAAAGCCCUGUAUGGACUUAAGCAGGCACCAAGGGCCUGGUUUGAUACCUUUAGCAGCUUCCUCAUUGACUUCGGCUUCAGUUGCAGUCGGUAUGAUCCCUCACUCUUCACCUACUAUAAAGAUAAGAAGAAUCUGGUGCUUCUGCUAUAUGUAGAUGACAUCCUGUUAACGGGAAGUGAUGAUAAGCUCCUCUCUGAACUCAUUCAACCUCUGAACACUCGCUUUGCUAUGAAGGAUAUGGGGAGGCCUAGCAAAUUCCUUGGGAUUGAAAUGCAGCCCUACGACGAUGGAGUGUUUCUUCAGCAACAAGAAUAUGCUCUCGACAUCUUACAUCAAGCUAUGAUGUCUGAUUGCAACCAUAUGCCAACCCCUUUGCCUACUCGCAUUGAAGAUACUCCAUCUCCUCUGUUCCCAGAACCAACCUAUUAUAGAAGUCUAGCUGGCAAGCUUCAAUACCUUACUAUCACUAGACCGGACCUGCAAUAUGCAGUCAAUGUGAUUUGCCAGCGGAUGCAUGCACCUACCCUCUCCGACUUUGCUCUCCUCAAAAGAAUAUUGAGGUAUAUCAAAGGUACAGUGAACUAUGGUCUUCACAUCAAGAGAGAUACAGGUCUUGUGUUGUCAGCAUUCUGUGACAGUGAUUGGGCAGGUUGCAAGACUUCUAGGCGUUCAAGCACUGGUUUCUGCACGCUGCUUGGACCUAACCUCAUCUCCUGGUCAGCCAAGCGCCAGCCAACUGUCUCGAGAUCUUCUACUGAGGCUGAGUACCGAGCUCUGAGCUCAACGUCACAGGAGAUCACCUGGUUGUCUCAUCUUCUUCACGAUCUGCAGCUCCCUCAAACCCAAGCAAUGAAGCUGUUCUGUGACAACCUUUCUGCAGUGUACCUGAGUACAAACCUGGAUCUCCACUCAAGAUCGAAGCAUUUCGAUACAGAUUACCACUACAUCAGGGAGCAGGUAGCACUGGGGAAUGUUGAGACUCAUCAUAUUCCAGCAGAGAAGCAGCUUGCAGACAUCUUUACCAAGUCUUUGGCCAGACGACCUUACACUGAACUGCGCGGCAAACUUGGAGUUGGUGUUUUCCCCACCUCAAGUUUGAGGGGGAAUGUAAGCCCAACAUCAUCCGAGGCCCAACUGCAGAAGACGAAAGCCCAAGCCUCAGUUGCUGUUCAACGGUCGUCUUCCUCCUCAAAAGUAGAAAGACAAAAGAGGAGUACGGAAGCAGAGACGUUGAACCUCCUCAACAGAUUUGAUCCUCUACAAUCAAUCACAGCAGGAUGACAAACCUUUACAGCUGUGAAUCUUAUCUCUUUGUAUUCAAUCUAGAUUGUUCUCAAGCCCCUUUAUAAGAGCAUUGUAAACCCUCUGUUAUGG